UUCUGCAGUUCUGGUGAAAAUGCCCGUCUGUCCUGUAAUAAUGCUCUUUCUGACUGCACAUCAACUACAUGGAGCUAUAGCAGACAUUCAGGGACAGUUGAACUGAUUGCUGGAGGGAUAAAGAAGAAUGAAAUAGAGAGACAUGAGAGACUGAGUCUGGGCUCUGACUGCUCUCUGAACGUCAAGAAAGUCACAAAAGAAGAUUAUGGAUUUUACUCCUGCCGACAAUAUGUGAAUGAAGAACAACAAGGAACUGAUGUAUAUGUUUAUCUGCAUGUUCUUCAUGUCUCUUCAUCAUCCUCACAGUCUGAGAUCAGAUCAGGCAGCUCUGUGACUCUCUCAUGUCAGUUAUAUUAUGAUCAAGUCACUUGUGAUAUUUUGGUCGGUUCUGAGGGACUUCAGCUGAUUUGGGUGAAUCAGGCUGGUGUGAAUCUGCAGACAGACUCCAGAUUUCAGAUAUCAUUCUCCUCAGAACAGUGUAUCAGCUCUCUGACUACAACACUCCUGAAUGAAGAUCACAGCAGAGAGUGGAGAUGUCAGGCUAAACAGAGAAAUCAGCUGAAGACCUCUGCCACAUAUACUGUCAAGUAUCCAACUCCAACCGAAACAAAGACACCAUCUCCAGUCACCAGCUCUAAAUCAACUGCAGCUCCUACACAACCAG